UCACUUCGGCAAGAAUACAAAAACCAUCCAACAAAAACUAUCUUUUCUCCUCUUAUAAGUAACAUCACUACAAUUAUUUAUUCUUCUAUAUUUGAUCUCCCCUUUGCUUAAUUAAAUCCAUAUUCCUCUUCAACUUUACAUCUACCAUCAUUAACAAAGUUUAACACUAAUGGAAUUAUUCUACAAAGCCAAGGCUGUAAGAUUGAGAAGUCAUCUGGACUAAUACCUAGUAGCACACGAUGAUCAACAAAACAUCCGACAAAGCCGAAACGGUUCAUCAAGAAAAGCACGGUGGCUGAUUGAGCUUGUCGACGCCGGAAACAGCCGCUUUAUCCGGCUGAAAACUACCUCCGGCAAGUAUCUCACGGCUUCCGACGAGCCGUUUCUUCUUGGCAUGACAGGAAAAAAGGUGCUUCAAACUUUGCCGGAAAAAAUGAAGGAGACGAGAGUUGAGUGGGAACCAAUAAGAGAUGGAUUUCAAGUGAAAUUAAGGGGUUUUGGAGGAAAUUAUUUACGUGCAAAUGGAGGGACACCACCAUGGAGAAAUACAGUGACACAUGAUAGUCCAUAUAGUGGUAGCACACAAAAUUGGAUUUUGUGGAACGUGGAACCUGUUGAUGUACCGGAAAAUGAGUCGUUGACCGAUUAUUUAACGAUGGUUUCGAGUUUUUCAUCGGUUUCCGAUGAACUUUCAAGUUUGGAUUUGGGAUCUCCGAUGUCGAUUCAUUCAAGUUUUUCUUUCUCUCCUAGGAUGGCUAAGAGGAGUCCUCUAACAAAAAGACCAGCAAUGGAGCUUUUCCACAAAGCAAAAGCCGUUCGUUUACAAAGUCACCACGACAAAUACUUAACAGCCGAUGAAGAUGAAGAAUCAGUACUCCAAGAUCGUAACGGCUCUUCAAAAAACGCAAAAUGGACAGUCGAAUUCGUCGAAAAAACCGACAACGUUAUACGCUUAAAAAGUUGCUACGGAAAAUAUCUUACAGCGUCAAAUCAGCCAUUUCUUUUAGGUAUGACUGGUCGGAAAGUUUUACAAACUGUUCCAAAUAGGCUUGAUUCUUCAAUUGAAUGGGAACCCAUUAGAGAAGGACAUCAAGUGAAGCUAAGGACAAGGUACGGACAGUUUUUGAGAGGUAAUGGUGGACUUCCACCGUGGAGAAAUUCAGUGACACAUGAUAUACCACAUCGGACUAAAACUCAAGAUUGGAUUCUUUGGGAUGUUCAUGUUGUUGAGAUUUUGGUUCAUCAUUCUCCUGUUCCUAAGCCACCGACGCCGUUGGUUCAACAUUCGGAUUCUUUUGCUUCUGAAUCUAGUUCUCCUACUGGUUCCUCAAAAUCCCUCAGCUUUUCUAGACAAGAGUCAAGUGAUUCUUUGGUUUGUUCGCCGCCUAAAUUGGGAGAUGGAAGGCUUAUAUAUUAUCAUAUUGCGGAUGAAUUUGGUGAAAUUGAAGACGGAAUGGAGGGACUUAGCAUAGCUUUCAAGGGAAAUAGUGUUGAGGAGCUAACGAAGAGAUUGACGGAGGAAACGGGGCUUGAGGGAAUUACUGUGUGUACUCGGAGUCCUUUAAAUGGGAAUCUUUAUCCUCUUCGUUUGCAGCUUCCUCCCAACAAUGCAACUAUGAAUGUUAUUAUUAUGCCAUCUUCAUAUAAAGAGGCAAGAGAUUCUGAAAAACCAAGAAUGCCAUUGUAGGCCAACUCCGAGAGGGCUACAUGGACUGAUGCAGUAGAUGGAUGUGGCUGGAUUUUUGCAUCAAUGAGAUGAAUGUAGUCUUAUGUCUUUCCCUUGUUUAUAAAGCAUUUGUAUAUAAGGUUUUGAGUCUGAGAAAGAGACAGAGAUGAUAGUUACUAGACUAGCUGCUUUGGAUCAUUGGAUGUUAAUCGCAUACUAUUGCACGGAAUAAUGAAAAUGAAAAUGAAGGAGAUCUGGUGGUUGAAGAGAAGUGCUUGGAUCUUUUGUUCCAUUUCCUGAAGAGGAGCCUUGGAGCAACGUGUUUGAGCUGUCGAAGUAGUCACUAAUGCUUGCAUUAGGUUAGUCUAUCUAUAUCGUACUUCCCGGACCCUUCGUUAAUACGGAAUGCUUUGUGUACCGGCUUAUCAUUUGUUCCGAAAGAGAUUUCUUGAACUGAUUUUUGUGGCAAGAAGUUCCUUUUGUUGUUGUGGUCUUUAGCAACUACAGUUUGUUGUAAAUUAUUAUUAAUUUGAGCAUUAUUGAGAACGAGGUGCAUCACUUUCUCCAU